CACACCCCCAACCCUCUGGAAGAUCUGCCAUCUGAGUGUAGAGUGGGUUUUGCACUUCCCGGGACCUGGGUCCAGCCAUACGUAGGGUCAGAGGCACUGAGGGAUUUGUAAACUUGUGAUCGAGAUCACCAGCAUUGAGCCUUUGGUCUCCUCUUCUCUGUUUGGUAUUUAUAGCUGUCUCUCCUCCCAGGAUUACAACAAAAACCCGUCAUGCCUCUGGGAAAACCUGCCCCCCUAGCCAAACGGAAAAAGCCCUCCAAGAUCAUCACUGACUUCUCACAUAUCUGUCAGGAUGAGUAUGAGUCAGAGCCAGAAGCAUCUGAGUUUGACCUGGGAACAAAGAUCAGGACUCCCAAGGACAUCAUGCUGGAGGAACUUUCCCUGUUGAAGAACCGAGGCUCCAAGAUGUUCAAGAUGAGGCAGCAGAGAGUGGAGAAGUUCAUCUAUGAAAACAACCCCGAUGUCUUCACCAGUGACUCAAUGGAUGACCUCCAGAAGUUUGUUCCAUCUCUGGGGGGUCGGAUGGGAGGGCAGAUGAUUAAUGCUUCUGGACAUCUUGUUGGCAAAGAGACUGGACACAUUGGUUUUGGAGGGUUGCAGAUCAUCGGAGGGGGGCCCCCUGUGCCUCCUCCAAAACCCGGGAGCAAAGGAAUAGGAGUUGGAGGAGCAGGAGGUGUGGGAGGUGCAGGAGGAGGAGCAGGAGAACACAGCAAAGGUGGAGGUGUAGAAGGAACUACUGAGUGGACUCCACUCAAAGGUGGUGGAAAAGAUGAUCCAACCAAGAAACAUCUGGUUGUUGUUAAGACAUAUGUGUCACCAUGGGAGAAGGCCAUGAAAGGUGAUGAAGGUCUUCUCUCCACGCUGAAAAGUUCAAUGCCAGGCCCUGUUGAGAGGAAGCCUAUCCCCACAUACAAGUGCUUCAACAGGUCUGCCAUGCCCUAUGGUGGGUUCGAGAAGGCCAAUCAGUUCCUGAAAUUCCAGCUGCCAGACACAGAGGCGACCAAACAGGAGCCUGAACCUGCAGUGGUGUACCAAGCUGACAUUGGCUGCAGACCCUCUUUCAACCGCACUCCCAUUGGCUGGGUGGGCAGCAGUGAGCCCAGCACCAUUCACAUGGAGACGGAUGUUGUGCCCUUCGAUGGCGAGACAGAUGAGCUGUAAAAUAAAAAGUGAUAUAGAUGCACAUACACACAUGCACUGAUGCAAGCAUGCACACAUACAUGUCAGCAUGCACACGCAUAAUAGAUGAGCUUACAAUUAACUGUUACGCAGAUGAAUGGAGUCUCUCAGUGAGGAUAACUGGAAGUAUACAUGAAAGGAUUAUAUUUCUCUGUAUUUGGUUGCAUAAUGUGAUGAAACAAUGGAGAGAUGACGCAUCUGUUAAGUUCAUAAAGUCUAAACACUCUGUCAGUAAAACUGUUGUCUUUGGUGAGAAGUUCCAGAUUUUGUUCAUGUGGAAAGAAUGAAAAAUGUUUGUAAGAUGGAUUUUGCUAUGUUAACUUUUGUGCAUGCUGUCCUUAUGUCAACUUGUUCUAAAUACUCUUGUGCUUUGGCUGCCAAGAUCUUUUUUUUCAUUGCCUUUUUGGUUGUUUUUGUUGUUUAGGUUGAUCUGACCCUUUUAUGAGCUACAUGGAAACCAUACAAAACCUGCUUAAUUCAGGGCGCAUGCAUAGAGUCAGUCACUGAUCAAUACACUGUAUCAUCCACAGUUUCUCAGUAAUCCCUUUCAAUCCUCUUGUAGAGUGAUUAAAAUGUUGUGGGAGAACCUUA